AUGGCAGGUUUAUUUGUCGCUCUGCGUGGAAUGGGCUCAGGGAUGAGUGCUGCCGCUCGCCAUACCAAUGGCCAAGGACAGUUCGCCCAACAAGGCAACACUAGGUCCUGUGGCAGACCACCUUGUCCAGAGCCCUGCUUGCCUCCAACCGGCCACAUCACCCACUGCAACAGCCCUUGGGGCCAUGGACUGACCGUCUGGAGGACUGGAAUUGGUUACUGUCCCCCACCACAGGCCUUUUUCACCGCCAUGGGGCAACCUGGAAACACUUUUGCUCUGAGGGCUCCCACACCACGUCACGUUGCUACGCACCAGGGCCGAUCUGACAGGGUUCUUCUCACCGGUACUGGCCGUGCCUCUGAACCGUCUUCUUCCUCCAGCCCAUCCAUUCUUCACACGUGGCAGACGGCUGCCAAGCUCUGCACAGACUAUUACGGGUGGGUCCCCGAUGAGAUCGAGGUUCACGGUGACAAAGCCACCUUGGCUGAUGCUCUGUUGGACGGUCGCCUGCGUGUGAUCAGCGAUGGAUCCUUCAAGAACGAGUUGGGGACCGCAGCGGUUCAACUCCUGGUGAAGCAUGGAGGAUGCCAUCAAAUUAUCAUCCGGUGUCAGACUCCCGGUUUGCCCCAGGACCAGAGUCCAUACCAAAGUGAACUCAUUGGUCUGUUGGCCGGUAUAAUGGCGGUUGAUUGGCUCCUUGAGCAAUGGUUCCCAAACAUUCUGACUGGCCCCAAGGUGCGGAUUGCUUGCGAUGGCCUCUCUGCUAUUGAGAUGGCUUCUGACGGUACUCAGCACUGA